AUAAAAAAAAUCAUGCAAUGCAUUUUUAGUGUCUCACAUUUUAGGGCCUUUUGCAUAAAACAAUUUUUUUUUUUUGAGGGGAUGCAUAAAAUAAAAAAAUAAAAAUAAAAUCUUGAUACAGAGUUGAACUAUAACAUAAGUACAUAACUCAAGGCCGAACACCUUGCCGCCGUUGAAAUUCCCUGACUCGUACGGAUAUUCCGAGGCUCGAAUUGCAGAAGCUUGUUCCAGAUCAAUUUUUCAAGUUGUGGCUGGAAAUCUGGAAUGAAUGACCUAUCAUCCUUGAGCCCAGGGGGUGUAGCUUCUUUUGAAAUUGUAAUUAUUACGAGUAAAAAGAGGGGAACUUUGGUUGUAGAAUGAUAUGGUAGUAAUUAAAAUUGCGUGUUGCGAAAAGCUAGAACAUAGAUAGAUUAUAAAGAAACUGUCUCAGGGACGGGCCAAAUGGCUAUUGAGUGGAUUCCUCGGUAAUUUUCGAAGUAAAAUGUAUUAGCUUUACAUUAUGAAUUGGCAUGGGUGCUGACAAUAUUGAUGAAGAGGACGGUAACAUGAGGAUCCGUGCCUCAACGGAUAACGGAGAUGCUGAAGCGAGUGAGGGCGGGGAGGUGACUCCAACUGAUGUUUAUGUGGUUCAAGAUGAAGUAUUUGUUCUGGAGCCACAUGUUGGUAUGGAGUUUGAGUCUGAAUCAGCUGCCAAGACAUUCUAUGAUGAGUACGCUAAGCGUGUUGGUUUCAGCCCAAAACUCUGUCAGACUGGCCGUUUUAGACCUGAUAGUGCUGUCACGUCUAGACAGUUUGUAUGUAUGAAAGAGGGGUGGAAAAGGAAGUCUUCUGACAUAUGUGAAGCCAUGCUGAAGAUUGAGUUGAAGGGUAACAAGUGGGCUGUGACUAAAUUUGUCAAGGAGCACAACCAUGCCUUAGAGAGUUCUAAUAAGGUGCACAGUAUUCGGCCACGCAGGCAUUUUGCUGGCGCUGUGAAGAAUGUUGCCGAAGCUUAUCAAGCAGGUGUUGUAGUGCCAAGUGGUGUUAUGUAUGUUUCUAUGGAUGGAAAUCAUGUAAGCCAAACAUCUGUCGGUGCAAACCACGUAGCAAGGAGCAUGUCUCCAGUGGAGUCAAACCGUCAGGUCAAAAGCUCUAAUUGCAUAAAUUAUGGUAUCAAAUCUGCUAACACAAAGAGGACAUGGGGUAAAGAUGCCCAAAAUAUGUUGGACUACUUCAAAAAAAUGCAGGCUGAGAACCCUGGGUUCUUUUAUGCCAUACAACUUGAUGAAGAUAAUCGAAUGGCUAACGCAUUUUGGGCAGAUGCGAGGUCAAGGACAGCUUUUAGUCAUUUUGGUGAUGUGGUUACCUUGGACACUUCAUAUAAAGUGAAUCAGUAUAAAGUGCAAUUUGCUCCCUUCACUGGAGUGAACCAUCAUGGUCAAACUAUUUUGUUUGGUUGUGCAUUACUUCUAGAUGAUUCUGAAGCUUCCUUUGUUUGGUUGCUGAGGACAUUUCUUACUGCCAUGAAUGACCGCCCUCCAGUAUCUAUUGUCACUGAUCAAGAUAGAGCCAUACAGGCUGCAGUCAACCAGGUUUUGCCAAAGGCCCGUCACUGCAUUAGCAAGUGGCAUGUCCUCAGGGAAGGGCAGGAGAGGCUGGCUCAUGUUUGUCUCGCAAAUCCCAGUUUUCAGGUUGAGUUGUACAAUUGUAUUAAUUUGACUGAAACAAUUGAGGAGUUUGAAUCUUCUUGGGCUUCCAUUAUUGAUAAGUAUGAUCUGAGGAAGAAUGGUUGGCUGCAGUCACUAUAUAAUGCUAGAAGACAAUGGGUACCAGUAUAUUUUCGAGAUUCAUUCUUCGCUGUGAUUUCUCCCAAUCAAGGAGUUGAGUGUUCUUUUUUCGACGGUUAUGUGAAUCAACAGACUACAUUGCCCAUGUUUUUUAGACAGUAUGAAAGAGCUAUGGAGUACUGGUUUGAAAAGGAAAUAGAAGCAGAUUUUGAUACAAUCUCCAAUACCCCAGUUCUAAGAACACCAUCUCCUAUGGAGAAGCAGGCUGCAAACCUCUACACGAGGAAGAUCUUUGCAAAGUUUCAGGAUGAGUUGGUAGAGACUUUUGUAUACACCGCAAAUCGGAUUGAUGGUGAUGGUGCUACAAGCACUUACAGAGUUGCAAAAUUUGAAGAUGAUCAUAAAGCAUACACAGUGACUCUAAACAUCUCUGAUAUGAGGGCAAGCUGUAGCUGCCUAAUGUUUGAGUACUCAGGCAUUCUUUGCAGGCACAUUUUGACAGUAUUUACAGUAACAAAUGUUCUGACCUUACCUUCACAUUACAUCUUGAGGCGUUGGACCUGCAAUGCCAAGAGUGGGGGUUCAUUGGAUGAGCCAGGUGUAGAUCAUGCUCAAGAAUCAGUUCCAUUAAGGUAUAACAGUCUUUGUCGAGAAGCAAUUAAAUAUGCAGAAGAAGGGGCAACUGCAUCAGAGACUUAUGCUGCAGCUUUAACUGGUCUAAGAGAAGGGGGAAAGAAGAUUGCUAAUGUGAAGAAAAAUGCUGCUAAGUUUGUACCUCAGAUGGCCCCUCAAGGGUCCGCUUCUGGUUAUGAUGAUAAGAAAACUUCUGCUGCUGAUACACCUUUGUUAUGGCCCAGACAAGAUGAAGUUACCAGGCGGUUCAACCUUAAUGACUCUGCCAUCCUUCCUCAUCCUGUGGCAGAUAUGAAUCUUCUACGCAUGGCACCCACAUCCCUUCAACGGGAUGAUGGCCACGCUGACAACAUGGUUGUACUUCCUUGUCUUAAGUCAAUGACAUGGGUCAUGGAGAAUAAAAGUUCAGCGCCAGGGAAUAGACUAGCUGUAAUCAACUUAAAGCUGCAAGAUUACAGCAAGGGUCCUGCAAUAGAGUCAGAUGUCAAAUUUCAGCUCUCCCGAGUCACUUUGGAACCUAUGCUUAAAUCCAUGGCCAGCAUCAGUGAGCAGCUGUCGGCCCCGGCUAAUAGAGUUGCUGUUAUCAAUUUAAAGCUCCAAGACACUGAGACAAUCUCAGGAGAGUCAGAGGUGAAGUUUCAGGUUUCCCGGGAUACGUUAGGUGCCAUGUUGAGGUCGAUGGCUUAUAUUCGUGAGCAGUUGUCAGCUGUGAUUGAGCCCUUGACGGAACAGCCACCGAAAAAGCAGCGAAAAUAGCGACUUCAUAGCUCUGUAACUUAAAUUUUAGGGUUAGGUUUGCAGAUUUUAGGGUUAGGUUUGUGGCUCCCAUUAGGUGUGAUUUUUUUUUUCUCCUCAACCCCCCACCCCCAUUCAACAUUUCAAUCUAAUCCAUAAGUAUAUAUAGCUUUGCUAGAUUUGGGGGGGAGGAUAGAUGCUAGUUUUGUUUCUUAAAGGACAGAUCUCUUCUUCCCACUCCCUUGAUAGGAUGUUACGAAAUUGUACAUGUUUUUUCCUUCUUUCUUUUUUACAGUCAAAAUCAUGUAAUCAUGUAAUUGUUCUUUGGUGUUUCUGUUCUCCGAAACCCACAUUUCUUCCGAAUUGUAAUCGUUGUGUAGUA